AGGAGCCACGUACCUUGGAGACACAGACCCGAAUGGGAGACAAUUAAAAAUGGGGCCCCGAAUCCAAGAAACCGAAAUGGCGGUCGCCCAUCGAAGAAACAUAAAAGCGCGCAUUGAAAAACCCCCCGAUUUUCAUUUCUCAGUCUUCCCAAAUUAGGGUUCAUAUUGUUCUCCUUAUUGCGAGACUCCAAUCGCAGAGGAUCUCGUUGAAGUGUUUUGUCUAUGAUUUCAAUUUUUCAGUUGUUUACCUGCUCGUAUUAUUAUGGAUUAUUGAUUAUUAAUACCAUUAAAGCAAAGACUCUCCAUUGGUAUCAGUAAUGUGGAUAAUUUUUAUCAAUCAAACGAGCUCAGCAGUUUGUAAAGGGCUGUGAUUGCUUCCUUGUUUAUUUGUUGUUUUCUUUUGCUGACAGGAAAAAAGAGUAAUGGAAGAAGAGGAAGAAGAUAAGAUUUUACUCAGCAGUUUGGGUGUGACCUCUGCAAAUCCUGAAGAUAUUGAACGUGAUGUCUUGGACCAGGUUUGUUAUGUACAGGCAACUAGGCACGUUGGGCAGAGCAAUGAAGCUACGGGGAUUGCUGAAGAAGAGAGAGUGGAAAGAAAGGAAGAAAAUGAAGAAGGAUAUGAUAAGAAAUUAGAUUUGUUUAAUAAAUUGAGAGCUGUAGAAGUAGAAAUAGAUGCUAUUAAAGAUGGCUUUGGACACUUGGAGCGAUUCAGAAGAAAUGAGGAGGAAGUCCCUGAUACUGAUGGUUGCAGCGAGACAAAGCAUACAAAGAGUGAGCAAAGCAUAAUUCAGGCACCUCUGGAUGAUUCAAACCUUCAACAUGCUUUAGCUGAUGAUCGUCUAAGAAGUCUUCUCGAAACAAAGGCUCAACUUAGGAAAGAACUUUCAAAUUUUGCUAAUGAUACGUCGCCUGAUGCGUUGAUAAGAGAUCUUGUUAAGGAUCAACCUAAAUUCAAAAGAAAGGUGAAAGACGUUCAGAAAUCAAGCAACAAGAAGAGCAAACGGAGGAAGACAGCAUUGCUGGAUGAUGAUGAUGAUUUUGAUGCAGUGUUAGCUGCAGCAUCUUCUGGAUUUGUGGAAACAGAAAGAGAUGCACUGGUGAGAAAAGGAAUGUUAACCCCCUUCCACAAGCUCAAAGGCUUUGAACGUCGGAUCCAUGAUUCAGAGUCUUCUGGUAGACAAAGUGCUGCAGUUGAUAUAAACAGUAAUGACAAUGACCUUGCUUCCACCAGUAUUGCCAAGGCUGUCCAAUCAAUCUCACAGGCAGCGCAAGCUCGUCCAACCACCAAGUUGCUUGAUUCUGCAUCAUUACCAAAACUUGAUGCACCAGCCCACCCUUUCCAAAGACUAAGAAAACCCCUAAAAAUCCCUCAAUCAUUAGAGAUUACUACAGAGAAGAAUGGAGAAUUUACUAGAAAGAAGAAAAGGCCGUUACCUAGCAAAAAGUGGAGGAAGUUGGCAUCUCGUGAGCAAAGGCAGGACAAAGGAUCAGAUGUCAAUACCUCCAGUCAUGAGGACAACAAAGGGGAUAGUGAAGAUGUAGAACCUUCUUUCGUGGCACUUGAAGGUGGAUUCAAAAUCCCGGAAACUAUCUUUAACAAACUUUUUGACUAUCAGAAGGUUGGUGUACAGUGGCUGUGGGAACUUCACUGUCAAAGAGCUGGUGGGAUAAUUGGAGAUGAGAUGGGUCUUGGUAAAACCAUACAGGUUUUGUCUUUUCUUGGAUCACUGCAUUUUAGCCAUAUGUAUAAGCCAAGCAUUAUCAUUUGUCCGGUCACACUUUUGCGGCAAUGGAAGAGGGAAGCUAAAACAUGGUAUCCCAGCUUCCACGUGGAGAUAUUACAUGAUUCAGCUCAUGAUUUAUCAAGUAAAAAGAAGCAAGCAGAUUCUGAAAGUGAAUAUGAAAGCGAAGAUCUGCUCGAUAGUGAGAUUGAAGGAAAAAAAUCUUCUAGGACUUCUAAAAAAUGGGAUUCUGUCAUAGCUCGUGUUGUAAGAUCAAAUUCUGGGCUAUUGAUCACCACUUAUGAACAACUCCGUCUAUUGGGAGAAAAAUUACUUGACAUUGAAUGGGGUUAUGCAGUGUUAGAUGAAGGACAUCGAAUUCGGAACCCAAAUGCUGAAGUUACUCUUGUAUGCAAGCAGCUCCAGACUGUUCACCGUAUCAUAAUGACAGGGGCCCCAAUUCAAAACAAGUUGAGUGAACUGUGGUCAUUGUUUGAUUUCGUCUUCCCUGGAAAGUUGGGAGUUCUACCUGUGUUUGAGGCUGAAUUUGCUGUUCCCAUAUCUGUUGGGGGUUAUGCUAAUGCAACACCGUUGCAAGUUUCCACAGCUUACAGAUGUGCUGUGGUGUUGCGUGACUUAAUCAUGCCUUACCUCCUCCGGCGGAUGAAAGCUGAUGUCAAUGCUAAUCUCACAAAGAAAACUGAGCAUGUCCUCUUCUGUAGCCUCACUACAGAGCAGCGAUCUGUUUACCGAGCUUUUCUUGCUAGCUCUGAGGUUGAACAGAUUUUUGAUGGGAGCAGGAACUCUCUGUCUGGAAUUGAUGUAAUGCGUAAAAUUUGCAACCAUCCCGACCUUCUUGAGAGAGAACACUCCUGUAGAGAUCCAGACUAUGGAAACCCUGAACGCAGUGGAAAAAUGAAAGUUGUUGCAGAAGUGCUUAAGGUAUGGAAGGAACAGGGGCACCGUGUUCUCCUUUUUUCUCAAACUCAACAGAUGCUUGAUAUUCUUGAGAGAUUUCUGGCUACUUGUGAGUACAAUUAUAGGCGUAUGGAUGGUGUCACUCCUGUAAAGCAGAGGAUGGUUUUGAUAGAUGAAUUUAACAAUACAGAUGAUAUUUUUAUCUUCAUCUUGACAACAAAAGUUGGUGGUCUUGGGACAAACUUGACUGGAGCUAACAGAGUAAUCAUCUUUGACCCAGACUGGAACCCAUCAACUGAUAUGCAGGCCAGGGAGCGUGCUUGGCGUAUUGGUCAGAAAAAAGAUGUUACUGUGUAUAGAUUGAUUACCCGAGGAACCAUUGAGGAGAAGGUGUAUCAUCGACAGAUUUACAAGCACUUUCUUACCAACAAAAUAUUGAAAAACCCACAGCAAAGAAGAUUUUUUAAAGCAAGAGAUAUGAAGGAUCUCUUUACAUUAAAUGAUGAUGGAAAUGGGGGAUCUACAGAAACAUCUAGUAUUUUCAGCCAAGUAUCUGAAGAUGUGAACAUUGUUGGGGCUCCAGAUAAUCAAGAUAAACCAUCUUUUACAGCAGAGACAGAAAAGGAUGAUGAUUCCAAGAUUGGCGAGGGAAACAACUCAGAUCCCAAUGGAAAAGCGGGAGAUGAUAACAACAACGGGGAGUUAGAUGAAGAAACAAGUAUCCUGCGGGGUCUUUUUGACGCUCAUGGGAUCCAUAGUGCGAUGAACCAUGAUGCUAUUAUGAAUGCUCAUGAUGAAGAAAAGUUGAAGCUAGAGGAGCAGGCAUCCCAAGUAGCUCAGAGAGCUGCAGAAGCACUGCGGCAAUCAAGAAUGCUUCGAAGCCGAGAAAGUGUAGCAGUGCCAACCUGGACUGGCAAAUCAGGAGCUGCUGGAGGGCCAUCAUCUGCUAAAAGGAAAUUUGGUUCUACUGUUAAUGCUCAAUUAACUUGUAAAUCAUCUGAAGAAUCCUCAAGUGGCUACGCUAUUAGGGAAAAUGCUUUUGCUGCAGGGGCAUCUUCUGGAAAAGCAUUGUCGUCAGCUGAGUUAUUGGCUAGGAUUAGGGUGAAUCGUGAGAAAGCUGUUAGUGAUGGACUUGUACAUCAGUUUGGUAUGUCGGCUUCAACCUCCAACAGCAGAGCAGGAUCUGUAAGUAAUGGGCACCGGAGUGCAUCUUCUGGCGAAGUGGUUCAGCCAGAAGUGUUGGUUCGCCAGAUCUGUACAUUUAUACAACAGAGAGGUGGAAAAACCAAUUCAGCCAGCAUCGUAGAUUAUUUCAGGGACAGGGUACCAUCAAAGGACCUGCCACUGUUCAAGAAUCUAUUAAAGGAAAUAGCGAUUCUUGAUAAAAACCCUAAUGGAUCUUUCUGGGUUCUAAAGCCUGAAUAUCAGGAUCAGUAAUGCAUUCCUAAUUCGAACAUAUGAUCCAUGCACUCCACUUUUGUGCUUUCUCAGAAAUGAAAUACCGUAUAGCAGUUAGAAACAUCUCAAGUGAUUCAAAGUUCAUUUUUCAGUUAAAAGUUUGCCUAUUCCUUUGAGGGUCAAGGUGACUUAUUCAUUAGGCUGAGAGACUUUCUUAUUAGUUCUCAGCAUCUUUGGUCAGUAUUAACACUCUAGGUAGUUGGACCUAUGGGCAGUGUACAAAGUUAGAUAAUUUUCAGCUUCCCAUACAUCAU